AUGCGUGCAUUGUCCCAGGCGGCGCUUCCCACCCUCCGCUCCCCCCCCGCUCCCCCCCCACCCUACCUUCCUCUCCCACCCUAUCCCCCGCUUUUCCUCCCGCUCCUCCCUCCCGCUCCCCUCCCUCUUCUCUCCCCUGCAUCUUUCCCCAUCCUCUGUCCCUCUCCUCGCACCCCACCACACUCAACAACGGCAAGCCCUGAACAGGAACUCACCUCCCUGUUCAAUGUGAACCCGUUUCCGACUGCACCCCUCACUCAUCUCCCUCUCCCCUCCUCCAUCCCCUCCCCGAAUGCUCCCUCCCCUCGUCUUCCCCACCCACUACUCCUCCUCCCCGCCGUUGCAGGGAAAGCGCUGGUGACUCUGAGGGACCAGCUGACCUUCGUGAACCCCAGCCGCAGCCCCAAGGCAUUGCGGAUUGGCAGAGCGAAUUGCGUAGGGAAAGCGCUGGUGACUCUGAGGGACCAGCUGACCUUUGUGAACCCUACCCGCAGCCCCAAGGCGUUCUGGAAGAGCGCGGAGAACUGCGAGGCGUUAUAUGGUGUCGUGUGUGACGUCAACGGCUACGUCACCGCGCUCACCCUAGUGGGAGUGGUGGGGCCGCUCCCAGACGCUAUAGGGAACCUUCCUUCCCUCUCCUUCCUAUCCAUUACCAGCAACCUGACAAGGCUUCCCUCCACCCUAGUGCAGCUCAGCUCUACACUCACUGCUCUCCACUUGGGCUUUAACGACCUUGCUGGAACCUUCCCUUCUGUUGUGACUCGCCUGCUGCAGCUGCGCACACUCAAUCUCGCUCAAAACCAGCUUACAGGAAACAUCCCCGCUGGCCUUGCAAAACUUUCCCGUCUGGCUUUCCUCCGUUUGGACGGCAAUCAGUUUACAGGCCCCAUUCCCUCGCAGCUCUACUCCCUCACCAACAUCUCUUACCUCUCUCUGCGAUCAAACCGUCUCUCUGGCAGCAUUGCACCGCAAGUCUCAAAUUUCAAAGCGCUGCAGCUGCUAGACUUGAGAGACAACAUGCUGACGUCAUCCAUCCCAUCCACUCUCCCAGCAUGUGUCAAGCUCUUCUGGCUCUAUCUGAGCAACAAUCGUCUCACAGGCUCUAUACCUGCAGCCAUCGGCAAGCUAUCGAGGCUUAGAUUCCUGCUCAUAGAUUCCAACCGCCUCUCUUCAACACUGCCUGCCUCCCUCUCUGCUCUCUCCCUGCUCUCCCACCUCGAUGCCAGCAACAACACUCUCACGGGCCCCAUCCAUCCCGGCCUUGGCGAACUCUCCUAUCUCGCCUACCUCCAAUUGGAUCGGAACAAGCUUGUAGGGGAAAUCCCACCCACCUUGGUCAACCUCCCGUACCUCUAUCACCUAGACCUCUCGCACAACCAGCUAGUAGGCCCAGUGCCAGACAUCUUUCCCCCAGGCAACGAGUUGAGCACGGUAGACUUGUCUCAGAACAAGCUCACUGGUGUGCUACCAGCCACAGUAGCUACAUGCGCAUCCCUUGUGUCACUUGACGUCAGCAACAACGCCCUCAGCGGCAGGCCGGCAGAGCUGAUCAGCAACCUCCAGUCGCUCGCGUACCUCAAUCUCUCGCGCAACUAUUUCACCGGUCCCCUCCCCAAAGUCUACUCCGCCACAGCUAUUGCCCUUCUGGAUCUCUCCCGCAACUACUUCUUUGGUCCGGCAAGCAUCGUAGACACCCAGGGCAUGCCGCUGCUCUCCCAAACCUCCGCCCCAGGCUCGGGAACCAUCCAGAGCACCGGAGCUGCAGGUUCGGUGGCGCUGAGCGUGGGGAGGAACUGCCUUGUGUAUGAUCUGACAGGGACCGGAGCAACAGCAGCAUCAGGCUCGGUGCUAGGUUUGGAAGGGCAGAGGAGCGUGGACGACUGUAGCUCGUUCUGCCGAACCGGACUGAGUGGUUCGGCAACCGAAGCUGAGAACAUGCAGUGUGGAGGCUCGGGGGUGUGCCUUGCCAAGGUGGUAACCAGGAAGUCGCCUCCAGCGGUUUCGUUCACAU